AUGCUGACGCCCUACGACACGCAGUCAUGCGCAUGCGCCGCGUUUGACCACAGCGGGCUGUACCUGUCAGUCGGCGGCGCCGACGCGCGCGUGUACGGCUCCAAGCAGGACUGGGCGGUGGUGAAGGAGUGGGCGGACGUGGGCAAGAAGGGCGUCACGGCGCUCAAGGCGGGGCCGGACAUGCGGAGCCUGCUGGUCGGCGGCCACGACCACAACCUGCGCGUGUUUGGGGCGGCGAAGUGA